GUGCAGUGGUUACGGCAGAGUUUUCACGGGAAUGAAGUCAGGAGGAAUUUGCUGAUAUGAUGUAAUCAUCUCAAACUAAUUUAGUAUGCAACGAGAGAAAUUCUAGGGAACUGGAAUUCUAAAGGAAAAUUUGUCCGAAAAAAACGUAAUUUUAGCGGACGCCAUGAGGACCUUCCUGCUUCUUGUUCUCGCCUGUACUCUGGGGUACACCCAAGCAGGCAUACUGAGCAGAAGGAAAAGAGGUUACCUAUCCAGAACGGGUUUCUGUCUGAAGCCGGCGGAGAACUUCUACCAUGCCGACGAGCGUCUUAACUUCUACGGUGUUGCCGUGGAACCCGAAAAGCCAACGGGCUGCGAAGUCUCUGACUGCGAUGAAGACAGUCAUUGCGAAGGAGACAAGAAAUGCUGCGAUAACUACUGUGGUGCUAAAGUGUGUACCCCAUCGGUGAGAGCUCCUCACCCAUGCCAGGGCUUCAAAUGUCCGUCCGGUGAAGUUUGCAAGUUACAGAGAGUUCAAUGUGUCAUGCCAGAUUGUCCAUCGGUACAAGCUUUGAACCGCCCUACUUGCAUCCCUGCCAAGGGUCUUUCUAAGACCGAAGACCUAGAAAACAUAGGAAACCACAUCCCAGACACCGCAGCUCAACUUCUACAAGCCGAUUCCCUGAAGGCAAACAAACAACAGGACGACAAAGAUAACGAUAGCCAAGAUGAAAAUGCCCAAGAAGGCGACGACCAGAAUGAGGGCUAUCAGCAGGACAAUGCCGAGCCUGCUCCCUUCCAACAGGCAAGCGGCCCCUUCCAGGCGGGUCAGCAGAUGGCAGCCGAGGGGCUGCAGCAGGGAGACGACCAGGCUAUGGCCUACUCAAAUCAACAAGCCUUGCAGCCCCCUAUCGUCCCGUUAGAUGUACAGCCCCCUUCACAAGUCGCGCCAAGCCAGGUCGCGAGCGAAAACACGGCUCAGUUCGCUCCAUUUGGGGACAAUAUGAACCCCUCACCCAUGGGCGCUGUCCCCUUUGGCCCAACCCAAGGAGGAGUAAGUCAGCUUAAUCAGCAAUACGCACCCGAGCCGUUUGACCAGUCUCGAGGCUUGAUGCCUCUCACCGGUAAGAGAAGCUCGGAGAAACGAUCGACAAACAAACGUGACAUCAAGAAGACAUCUAUCAAGAAGCGAUCAAUGAAAAAGAGGUCUAUCAAAAAGCGAUCAAUGAAAAAGAGGUCUAUCAAAAAACGAUCGAUCAAGAAAAGAUCGGUUUAGAUGGAUUACAUUUAGAGCGGUUUAGAUUGGGGUUAAAUAGAAUUAACGGACAGUACAUUAUUUAAAAGGGCAAAACCUUUGGAACGUCUUUCCAGUCGAACUAGCCUUUUUGUUUUUGCUCACAAAGGCAAGUUUGAGAGUAUCGGAAAAAAACUGGAGACGAAACAAAAGACAACUUAUCUACAGAAAGAGUGGCCGCAUUUCAUUUUUUGUUACCUAAAUAGGUUUCUUACAUAUGGAGCUUACCUUUGUGUGGGUGCUUAGUAAAUAUAUCCGGAUUAUCAGAAAACCUCCUGGGUAUUUGGUUCUUUGCGAAAUGUGUGUAUUUACGAUGUAAAUAAUUGAAUAAAAGUAUUUGUUUACA